AUGGCUUUAGUUAUGAAGCAAUUGAACCGGUCCGACGAGGCAAUCGAAGCAAUCAAGUCUUUCCGCCAUCUCUGCCCUUCUGAUUCUCAGGAAUCUCUUGACAACAUCUUGGUUGAAUUGUAUAAGAGGUCAGGAAGAGUUGAUGAAGAGAUUGACAUGCUUCAUCACAAGUUGAAGCAAAUUGAAGACGAUAUGACAUUUGUCGGAAGGUCGACAAAACAAGCAAGAUCUCAAGGGAAGAAAAUUCAAAUAACCGCUGAGCAAGAGAUAUCGAGGAUAAUUGGCAACUUGGCUUGGGCUUAUUUGCAAAAAGGCAACUAUAAAACCGCUGAACAACAUUAUAGAAAAGUACUUUCCUUUGAGGUUGAUAGGAACAAACAGUGCAAUUUGGCCAUAUGUUUAAUGAAAAUGAAAAAAAUUACAGAAGCAAGGUUUCUACUUCAAGCAGUAACUGCAGCAACGAAAAACAGAAAAAUGGACGAUUCUUUUGUCAAGUCUUUUGAACGCGUUACACAAAUGCUGCAGGAAAUCGAAUCAACACAGUUGGUAGAUUCAGUCAAAGAUAAAGGUGAUAAGUCCUCUCAGAGUUUGAUGAACUUGCUGAUGGGAUUUAAAGUCUUACAACAAGCAAUUAUUGAUGUACUCCAGACAGCUGCAGCAUCAUUGUAG